AAAAGCGAAUCCCCUGCGCUUUGGUGGGCGGGGUUUAGUAAGAAAUCAGGAAAAUUGGGAGGCGUGUAUAAAUGAAUAUUAAUCAACGGACUCCUUCGAGGGAGCUCGCAGCUGGCAGUGACAGACUUGACCGAAAUCACAAGAGGUGUGUUUAGUGGAAAGGUGCACGGAGACAAACACAAGCGAAAAAAACUAAAAAAAAAAAAAAAACUGAGCGGUUAAAAACAUAUAAAUAUGUUUUUUUUCCCCCUUUACAUACUGUAUAUAUUUUAAGAACUGUGGCUACUAUGGACACAAUUCUGGACAAUUUCUCUUCAGAGAAACUUUUCCACAAUUCCAGUCUCUUGGAUCUUGAGGAUUUGAAUGAAGCAGAUUUUUUCAAUAAUGUGCAUUUCUCUGAGAACAUGGAGGAUUUCUCCAACGAGCUGUUUAACAGUUUCUUCGACGACCCCAUCCUGGCUGAGAAGAACCCCCUAUUGGAUAUGGAGCUGGACCCUCCCAAUCCAGACAUCCAGGCUGAGCACAGCUACUCUCUGAGCGGGGACUCGGCUCCUCAGAGCCCCAUCUCGUCCAUCAAAAUGGACGAGGAAGACCAAGAUUCAGAUGCUACCAUGUGGUGUUUUGGCCAUGAACUUUCUGCCAUACUGGUUAAACAGGAAUCCAGCCUACUGGCAGAGCCAGCCCCGACUCCAAUGGUAACCAACGCCCCCCAGCCCGUAAACCUGGCCCUGCUUCCCAGACUCGCUCCCACGGGAGAAAUGGCUUCUAAGGAACAGAACCCCCUCCCUCUGAUUAAAGCUGAGCCCAGAGAAGUGAACCAGUUCCUGAACGUUCCAUCAGAUGAGCUGGUGCAGCUGCCCCCUACCCCCCCCAGCAGCCACGGCAGCGACAGCGACGGCUCCCAGAGUCCUCACUCCCUGCCCCCCUCCAGCCCAGUCCGACCACAGGCUCGUACCUCCACUGCCAUCUCCUCCUCGCCCCUCCUCACAGCACCUCACAAGCUGCAGGGAACCUCGGGGCCUCUGAUGCUCACGGAGGAGGAGAAGCGCACCCUCGUCGCAGAGGGCUACCCCGUCCCCAACAAGCUGCCCCUCACCAAGACUGAAGAGAAGGCACUGAAACGGGUCAGGAGGAAGAUCAAAAACAAGAUUUCCGCACAAGAGAGCAGAAGAAAGAAGAAGGAAUAUGUAGAAUGCCUGGAGAAAAAGGUUGAGACGUAUACAUCAGAGAACAACGAACUGUGGAAGAAAGUAGAGACUCUGGAAAAUGCCAACAGGACCCUGCUCCAGCAGCUGCAGAAGCUGCAGAGCCUUGUAACAGGAAAAGUGAACAGAUCCUGCAAAAUGGCUUCAACGCAAACCGGAACCUGCCUCAUGGUGGUGGUUCUGUGUUUCGUGCUGGUCCUGGGCUCCUUCAUGCCAAGCAUCCCAGAAUUCUCCUCUGUGUCACAGACAGUGGAGGCCACUCCCCUAUCAUCGGCGGACGCUUACACCAGCAGCCAGAUUCGCUCCCGAAGCCUUCUCUUCUAUGAUGAGGGGGCCUCUCUGGAGGACAGGUACAGCUCCUUCCUGGCAGUAGAGCACACCGACAUCUGGGAGGCUUCACCCAAAGACUCCACAGGGGAGGGGGAGGCGAAGACUCGAGACCCACCCCAGGAGCACACGAACAGGGCACACGAGGCCUCCAAGUACCUCAGCAAAGUAGACGUGCUGGACUUCAACGGGACGGGCUCCGAGUUCAUUCACCAGAAAAAACAGUUUCAUGAAAGGGAUGUGAACUCUGACAGCCCUGCAGAAUUUGUGUAACCUGUCAAGUGGAAGCUGAUCUCUGCAGCAGGAUCAUCUCCUGACUGAUGGGUCUCAGGAGCAGGGAGGCUGUCUGCUCCAGGUCUGGGUCAGCCCGCGCUAAUACUUGCCAGAGCCCAUGGCAUCUUCAUACUAACACUGAGCCAAUCAAGAGAGAGAGGGAGGGGGGCGAGCUUGACCCGAACCACAAAAAAUAUUAUUUUUUUUAUUUUUUUAUUUCAGGGCUUUAAAAGUUUUUUUUUUUUUUUCCCCUCUGUUUGUGUGAUCUGCUUCUGCUGAAUACAACAUGAGUGUGUGAGUGGGAGUUUUUUAAUUAUCACUGUGCUGAAGAGGUGCUUGACAGAGUUGCUUUGUGUUCAGAAACACACCUGAGAUAAAACAAAGCUGAAGGAACACAGAAGAUACAACAGUAAAGAUUUCAAACUCUUGGCGUUUAGCUAUUAAAACAUUAGUAAAAGCUAGAACCCCCCCAGAAUAAUUCUUGUGAGAGCUCAACCCUUCUCUACUUUAUAGCAAUCCUUUACCCUGUGGUAUGGAAACAAGCUUUCAGGAAGUGUUUAAGACUCUACACAGAUCCUUAGAAAGGUGAGCAAAAUCGCUCAGUUACUCAAAGUGAUCCUCCCAUUUAAAAUAUCAGUAGCAAUUGCAGGAUAGUCCACUCUCUGAUGUUCAAGUGAAUUAUUUCAUCUCCCAGUUCAAUCAGGUUUCUUUUCAGAUGCCAGGCUUCUUUUAAAUGUGAAAACCUUCCGCCUCCUUACAUCACUGCUGCAUGUACUUGGUUACACUUUCCAUUAAGUGUCUCUAAAUACUUUGUAUUUACAUAGCAGUUAGUUAGUAAAUACAGUACAUGUAUACUUA